AUUUUUCACUGGUUUAUGUAUUUACUUUUUAUUUUAGAGAAGGAGCGUGGGAAGCGUUUUGGACAGUAAUCAUGGGACCUUUGUGAUAUGAUGAAAAGCCCAGUGCCUCGAUUUAGAGACAUUGAAAAGCAGGCCCACAGCCUGCAGCCCAUGCAGUGUGUUUCUUCCUGUCAUGACAGUCAGAGCACCAUGUGGUUUGUUCGAGAUGCCUGUGGCAUCGUCUGUGGCGUUAUCACCUGGCUACUCGUUUUCUUCGCGGAGUUCGUCGUGCUGUUUGUCAUGCUGCUGCCAUCGAAAAAUCUCACCUAUAGUGUGCUGAAUGGUACCAUCUUCAGCAGCCUCGCCUUUUUGGCACUGGCAUCCCACUUCAGGGCCAUGUGCACAGACCCGGGUGCUGUUCCAAAAGGAAAUGCUACAAAAGAGUAUAUAGAGAGUCUGCAGCUGAAGCCUGGUCAGGUGGUCUACAAAUGUCCCAAAUGCUGCAGCAUCAAGCCUGACCGAGCUCACCACUGCAGCGUCUGCAAGCGAUGUAUUCGAAAGAUGGACCACCACUGCCCGUGGGUCAACAACUGUGUUGGGGAAAGUAACCAGAAGUAUUUUGUGCUCUUUACGAUGUACAUUGCAACCAUCUCUUUGCAUGCCUUGGUUAUGGUGGUUUUUCAUUUUUUGUACUGCUUUGAAGAUGACUGGACAAAAUGCAGUACCUUUUCACCUCCAGCAACAGUCAUCCUCCUCAUCCUCCUGUGCUUUGAGGGUCUCCUCUUCCUCAUCUUCACCUCUGUGAUGUUUGGCACCCAAGUCCAUUCCAUCUGUACAGAUGAGACGGGUAUAGAGCAGUUGAAAAAGGAAGAGAGAAGAUGGGCUAAAAAAACUAAAUGGAUGAACAUGAAGGCGGUAUUUGGACACCCCUUCUCAAUAGCAUGGUUUAGCCCGUUUUCUACACCUGACCAUGGCAAAGCUGACCCCUACCAGUAUGUUGUCUGAGUUCAGGAAGAAUAGCCCCCUCCCUUUUCCAGCGUUAAGGUAGAGACUGGAAUUCAUUGGACUCGUUUUACUUCCAGAUGCCCAUCAGCACCAGUGAUUGUAAUCACAAUCUAAGCAAUGUGUCUUGCAUUACAUUUAUCAAUGGGACAUG